AUGUCGCUGGUAACGCCAUUAUAUUUCAGUGCGAUUCAAGCCAACUUCUACAGAGGAUCACAACCUAGGGAAAUAAAUAUACCGUUUCUCGUAACGUUGGGACUGAAAUACAUAGUUUCGCUCACUCCAGAGCCAUUAACAGAAGAUCCAAGCAUGGGAGCAUUUUGUCGAGAAAAAGGGAUUGAAAAUGUCUUUAUAGAGUGUAACAACGAGAAAGGACCUAAGGAUAAGUCGAAAACCAAGGUAAAACGGAAAAAGAAGCCAGUUCCAAUUGAUUAUGACGUUGUUGUCCAAUGCAUUCAGUUUUUGAUAGACAAAAAACACUAUCCGUGCUACAUCCAUUGCACUAACGGUGAGUUGGUUACUUCACUUGUAGUGGCAUGCCUGCGAAAGUUGUCGUACUGGAGCACGGUUUCGAUAUUCAACGAGUUCCUGACGUACAACUCGAGCAUUAACAUCCACGAGCGUGGAUUUAUCGAGAAUUUUAACAUCCAAAUCGACAUAAGGGAUUUGGACAUGAAAGACAAAGUGUCGUGGAUGAUAGUACGAGCCAAUGAGGUUUCUGAGUCCAAGCAAAAAGAAGCUGCAAGUCUUAACAAAAAACCCAAUACUGCGAUGAAAAACAUUGGAGGUUUCCCAGGCAUGCUCCCGCGUCUCAACUUUCAUGGUGUGAAAAGUUAA